AUGCAGGUGAAGGAGCAACACAUGCAGAGGUGCGUCUCCUUCCUAACGGAUGAAUUAAAAGUGUGCGGGCACGAGGAAGCCAUGGAGCGCGUAUUUUUUGUCUCCGCCCGCGAGGUUCUCACCAUUCGAGCUAAGUCUCUCAACGGCGGCACUCCUCCAGGAUCUGCCCCCAAUAUUGGCUCUCCCUCCACUGGUGGUAUGUCCUUUCUUCACCAGUUACUCGGAAGAAUUGAUCGCCUCUGCAUCUCUCUACUUAGGGUGUGCAGCUUUCAACCUUUCCUGGCAAUUACCAGAAUAACUUAA